AUAAUAAUGACCGCGAUGUGGUUUUUCCACAAAAACUUACAUCCUGGUGUUAAACUGAUAUUUAGAGGUCCAGUGUGUAGGAUUUAGAGGGACAUAUUGGCAGAAAUGGAAUAUAAUAUAAUAACUAUUUUUUCUUUAGUUUAUAUUCAUCUGAAAAUGCGAAUUGUGUUUUCUUUGCCUUAGAAUGAGCCAUAUAUAUCUACAUAGGGUCCUCGUCUAGAGAUCGCCAUGUUGCACCACCAUGUUUCUACAGUAGUCGUGAUCGGACAAACUAAACACUGGCUCUAGACAAAGCAAAUCAUGUUUUUCAUUUGCAGCCCCUCUGCAACAAGAGUGUCAGAAAAACAUUGAUUUUUUUUAAUGUGAAAUUACUUUAUUCAGUGUAUUUAGCUUGACAGAUUUGUUUCUUCAGCCUCUGGAUAAAAUAUCAGAGAAAAAAGCUAAGAACACAUUAGCAGGUGUUAGGCUAGCAGCCUGAUCCACCUAACAGCAUCAGAAAAAUAUGAUUUUUUUUUUUUUUUUUUACAAUGACACUGAUUUAUUCAGUGUUUUUACCAGUUUAUAUCAUUGGGUCUGUUAUUUUUUGGAGGAGACGUCUGCGGAAAAAAACCUUCUGAACGUCUGGAUGAGGAAAAAUGUGAGCAAACAUCAGUAGGUGCUUGUCUCAGACAGGGUGAACUGGAAAGACGCAGAUUUGUAACAUGAAACUGCUUCAUUCAUUUUUUUUUCUGUGUGUGUGUUUUUUACUGGUUUAAAUCAUCUGGUUAGUUUGUUUUGGAGAGAAGGAGACCUCUGCAUAUACAGUAAUUUGGCUCCUGGUAAAAACCUGCUGAACAAUGAACACUUUUAGCUGGUUGCAAUCUGCAAUCCUCACUGCUAGAUGCGACUAAAUCUUACCUGCUGUUGAUUUAAGGUGAGUGCAGAGAAUCUUUCUCUCUUCAGCAAAUGAGUGUGAAAACAGUCUUCUAGUGUCAAAAUCUGCACAUACAUCAUUCUGCACAGUAAAGCUCAAACACCCAACUAGUAACGACAAGCAAAAUACGCUUUGAAUAAAUUCAUCAUGUAUUAAUAAUUCUGCCUCACCAACACUGGUUCUACAAAUUCCUAAGUCCUCAUGUUAAUACUAUUUUAUUCUUCAAAACAAGAUUUGCAUUUACUGCUGCAGGCUGGCCUCGACUAUCCUCUCUGCAACAACCUGGCUAUGGCCCUGCCCAUCUCCCAUCCACAGAACAGCUGUAGGGUCUCCAUAUUAUUCUGAUGCUAUCCCUAUUUUUCCUGUGACAUCUCACCUCUCAGCCCACUGCAGUCUGUUUUAUCCACUGACUGAAGCCUGCCUAUCUCUUAACACACAAACACACACACUUCCUGUUGCUGUUGUUACUAUGUCACUAUUAAAAUGCUGACAGGAUGAAUCUUGUACUGAUUUCUUAAUAAUAGUAUAGCAUUUUCUGUUUCUAAAGCGGUCUGAAUUAUUUGGCCACUUACGCAACUACUGCUAAAUGAAUACUUGCUUAUUUUACAGUUUUUUGGGGACUUGCUAAAAUGUCAUGUGAGAAUGAUGGGUGUUACAGAGGUGGACACUUUUCUAUAGGCAAACGGAUUAUACAGAAAUGAGAAUGCUUUCAUACACUUCAUUUAAAAUAGAUUAAACAAAUUAUCAAUCCUGACUCCAGGGUUAGUUUGAUUGAAGGAGAGUGUGAGUACUGUAGCCAGGGGAGCCAAUGACUUUUUCAGGAAUUAAGACAAUGCUAUUUAAAAGAAAACCUGGACCCUAUUUUCCUAUGCUUGUCAGUGACUAAUAGACAUUUUUUAAUUUGGUCAUGUAGAGAGAGACCACUGAAACAAAACAGGCUGCAAUGUAAUCUCUGUGGGCAAUUGUGCUGAUUUACAUCCAAUAAAAGUGCUUGCUUUUGCCUCUGACAGGUUCACAUUGUUAUUAUAAGUGUCUAACAACAUUAUAAAAAAAAGACCCUACAGAGAAAUUAAAUGUAUUUCUUCAGCUUUCGCUAGUCUGUUUGUUAUGGUGACCAAGGCUCACUCAAGGAGAAGUCUUGUUCUGAAAUCUUGUGAGAGGUGGCUUGACAACUCUGGGCUCAUUUGUGAGAGCCCGAGAGAGGAGUGCCGGGAAAAGUUUGUUGUGUUGGAGUACAGAAAGCAUAACUGUGUUAUCUAAAAGAUUUUCAAUGUCAUGGCUGAACAUUUAGCUGAUUUCGAGAACGUGGAAAAGAGAUUUUAGAACGAGACUUCCUUGAGCGAGAUAUGGUAACACAUUAACAAACAGACCGGAUCAGUGAAAGGUAAAAAAAAAAAUGACGGUACACAAUUGCCCCUAGGGAUUACACUGCAGCCUGUUUUACCACUGUGUCUGCAAUGCUCUGUCAAAAAAAAACUGCUGUCUCCAUCAGUCACUAAGACACAAAAAUAUGGAAAAAAUAGGGCGCAGUGUUCAAAAAUACUUAAGUUUUCCUUUAAUGCCCAGUCAAGUUCUAUUAGACUUAUAAUUAGUAUAAAGUUGCAUAAUGUUCUUCAGAAUUAUCAGUUAUUUUCAUUUUCAUGUAAAAAUGUUGCAUCAGUGCUUUUAUUAUGCUGACUAGAUCAUAUGGCUAUGAUUGUGGUUUGGAUGACAUUAUAGUUAAACUGACAGUAUUUUUUUAAUUUUAAUUUGUUUCAGCUUCAGAGGAAUGCACCGUUUUCACUAUGACAGGUAUGAAGUUGGCUUAAGUGCUGUCUUGACAGUCGUCAUGAAUGGGAAGUAAAUCAGCAGGCAGGGGCAGGAGGCCGAUUUUAUAUUCAUUUACAAAGACAAAUCAGUGGCACUGGUAUUGGCGGAGGGUGAUUAUCUUGUCGUUCGUGUCGGCUCUUUCUCCUCGUCACGGCAUAUAUUAAAAGCUCAGUCGGUACUGAUGGGGUUGUCUCUUACAGUAAGGGGUAAGAAUGUGAGGGAUAGCUGUAGAAAGUCAUGUCGUGAUAUGGGACUACAACAACUUCCCCCAUUAAGUCCUUUGUUGGUUUUGGUUGUGCACUUGUCAUUAGAGGCAAACUAAUCGAACCCGUGGGAGCGGGGGUAUGCAAGCUAUUGUUAACAAUAUAAUGGCUGUCCCAUGAGAGGAGGCUGCGGAAAACUCACUUCAGAAAGAGGAAGUUCGUGUCUGACUCCUGACACUAAGUGAAACUCGGGUAGCCUAAAUCGAGACUCCUUAACAUUGCAGUGGUUUUCAACGUGGGCGACACCGCGCUGAUAAAUGGAGAUGUAGGAUGGGAGCCGGCGGCUGAUCCGUGAAUAGCCUAAACCAGCUGCAUGGAGGAAGAGGGCUGCUGCUACUGCGGAGGGGAGGCAGGACUACACCGGCCAAACGCUUUUCAAUUUCUCCGCCAGACAGAGACACGACCACGGCGAACGGCUCAGUUUUUCGUCGUGGCGCUCCUUCUACUGAUUUCUGUGGCUCUGGCUUUGCUGGUCGUGAUCACGGUGGUGCUCGGAGGGCGAGAUCAUCAGUCACCGGACAGCCAGCUGUUGAUGCAAUCUGAGAGGCUUUCAUCAGGUGACAGACAGCAGCAACCCAAAGACUUCAAGAAUCCAAGUGCAAUGCUAACAGCUCCUAAAGGCAACAACACUGUUGGGGAAUAUCUUGCAUGGGAGAGUGACGAAGGGAAUGCCUUCUGCCAUGGAGGGUUCAACUACUCCAGCGGGAACCUCGUUGUGCCCAGGAAGGGCAUCUACAGAGUCUUCUUGCAGAUCACCUAUGAGGGCGCGGGUUUGAGUGAUGAGCUGAGACUCAGCAACACAGUGUUUGUUAUCGGGGAUAAUUACAAAAACAAUGUGCCACUCCUGUCAUCAGUCGAGACAGUGAGUUGCAGCAUGAAGCAGUGGAGGAAAUCCCUCUAUACAGCCGGCUUGUUCUCCCUGGAGGCUAACAGCAGACUACGCGUGACAUCAUUGUACCCUAAACUUAUUGUUCUUGAGAAAGAAUCCCAGGUGUUUUUUGGUGCCGAACUUGUGUCUUAGUAAUCCGGUCAGAAUUACCUCAGUCUGAUCUUGAAGUUGUUUGCACAUUCAACUCCUUAGGAACAUAAGGGAAAAUACCAGUGUAGCUUUAUGAUUUCUUUUACUAUUACUGUUCAUGAGAACCCACUGAUGACUCUGUAGCAGCAAGAAGCUACCAGUAUCUGCUUCGCUGUAGGUUGUUUGCUUUACCUUAUUGAAGCUAGUGGCUGCCUUAUUUUUAACUCAUUAAUAUCAGCUUACAGAGACAUACAGUAACGAUGGCUUAACAAUGCCUCAGCACUGUUCUAUAGAGCAGAUACAUUUUCUGAACAGCAUCCUUAACAUUUGUAACUGCACAUGCUUCUGGCAAAAUAGGCACUGUCAGCUGUAUUGAAUAUAUCCUAUCCACUUAAGCCAAUGUUGGGGGUCACGGGGGGGCUGGAGCCUAUCCCAGUUGAAAUUGGGCAAGAGGGGGGUACGCCCUGGACAGGUCACCAGACUAUCAUAGGGCUGACACAUAGAGACAGACAACUAUUCAAGCUUAUAUUUACACCUAGAGGCAAUUUAGAGUUAUCAAUUAACCUGCAUGUCUUUGGACUGUGGGAGGAAGCCAGAGAACCUGGAGAAAACCCACGGGGAGAACAUGCAAAGUCCGCACAGAAGGGCUCCCCCAACUCAGGAUUCAAACCCCCCACCCUGGGUCCUAACUGUACCACCAUGCUGCCACUACUACCAACCAGACUGAGCUAAAUGUGAGGCUUCAACAAUAGUGUUGAACAAAAAGGGAUUGUUCAUGUAAACAGUACAGUUUUCAUCGUCUACCUACAAAGAGGAAUAGAUUGCCACCCUUACUGUACAACAUUAAUACUGUAGUGUCAGGUUUUAAAAAAUAUAAUACACUGUUUCGUAUUUUUGCACACACCCUACUUUAAUGCAUACACUACAUUUUCACAUGCUUGGAAUGACAUAAAAAUUAUAAGAGAUAUAUAAUCAGAAUGUGCCUAAGAGAAUGAUGGCUACAAUGACAGGUCUGUCAUCAAACUUAAGGGCAAUAUCCCUAUCUGACAUUACUCUCAAUCUUCAUUAGUAAAUUACCUGUCAUUAAAAACAAACUUAGCAACAUAUCUUGAACUAUGUGUUUAGUCAUGUAGGCUGAGAAUGUUUUACUGAUUUUACUGUUAACCUUCUUUCAUAUCAUAUAAAAUGAAUGCCUGAAGUUAUUUAUUUUGCUACUACUUUAUAUAACUAAUAUUAGUGAAGUCUGCUGCUGAAUUUGGGGUCAUGUUUCAGUCAGUAGAACUCUGAUUUAAUUAGUCAGCAGGUAUAAAAAGGUGUAGACUGUGUUGUUAAGGCAGACGAGUUGAGCAAUAGCUGGGACACAUCAGGUUUAUUCAUUUCACAUGGAGCUAAAAUUAAUACAGAUUUAUGUUGAAUGUUCGCAGAAUGUGUUGGUGUCUGUUUAUGAGUCUUAAGAAAUCAUAAAUAAUCUUUUAGUAGUAGUUGUUCUUCAUCAAUAAAAAAAUGCCAGCUUCUCAUAGUUUAGGAUUUUCUGUCUUACAUCACUGUCAGCUGUAUAUCUGAAUAUCUGUGAUUUCAACUGUUGGUCGGACAAAGCAAGCACUUUGAAGACACCACCCUGCAUUAUGAAAAUACUAAUCAGUCUUUUAAAAGUAUUUUCUGACAUUUUACAGACUAAAAAAAUCCAUUAACCAAAAAAUAACAAACAGACUGAUCUGGUGUCCUGACAUAGAAGAAUCUGAUUUUUUCACAUGGAAUAAGUAAGGGCCCAGAGAUGUCAUGACAAUUUGCUUAUUAGAUGACAAUAUUUCUUGAUUGCAAGUGUACAUUGGUAUUUCUGUAGAUUAAAGGUCAGGGUAUCAUUGAAAGCAUUAGGACUCAAAUUUUGGGGAACAUAAAUUUCCACAAAAAUUUCUGCAGAAUUUUGAAUGUUAGUUUUCAAGAUGAGCAAAGCAUUGAACAAGGGGAUAUGUCUUGGACAAAUAUUUUGCUCUAAAAUGUCAGACAGACUGACAUAUUGAUCAAAAAAGGCCACCAUUGUUAGGCCAGCACCCUUAGGUUUUGCCCCACCUUUAAAAAUAACUGGACUGUAGCAAGCACGGCUGUGUCAUUGUAGGGAGCAUUCCAGGGAACAAAUCCAGGUUCACUUAUUAAAUCAUGUUGCUUUUGGCUUGUGUCCAACACCAACAUGCCAAUAACCACAUAAUCACCUCAGCCCAAUAGGUUGUCAUACUAAUACUCAGUGCUGUUAGCAGCAGUUGAUUAUUAAAAUCCCCUUGGGUUCAUUUGAGGCAAUUAGAAAUUUCAGCUUUUUGUGACAAACCUCAAAUACAUUAUAUUUGCACAUUUCAUCGGAAUCAUAUCAAUGUUUCUGAAAUCCCAUAGUAAAUGAGCUGCCUUUGUCGCCAGGAGGUGGAAGGGAUAGGGGAUGGUGCAGGCAAAACACCUGCCAAGCUGCAGACAGCUGAUCCAGACCAUCAAACAAAACCUGUUUUGUCAAUUCUGUUUUUUCAGCUGCUUUAUAUGCAACAAACGUGGGUGUUUCAUAGCAGCUUGUUGCUUUUAUUUCAGCGAGGAUAGUGGCAUGAAAAGCGGUUGUUUUUUACUGAGACAUUGCCGCUAUUCCUGCAGGGAUUGUGCCCCCAAAACCACAGUGAUGGUAAAACUUAAAGUUUCAAUGUAUCCGCUACAUAUCGUGCAAAUGUGACAUAUCCGUGGUUUUCAGAAACCCACAAUGCCAACAUAUUUUCUGGCGACUGGGUUGGCAAGAAAUAUUGACCCCUGUCCCCAAUAUUGACUGUGUAAAUAAGCUACUGUGACAUCAACCAUGAGUUUGUCUGGUUCAUAGUAGGCUGUAAAGAUGUUUAUUUCUGCUGUAAAGUUAGGCAUUUUAAUAUGGGGGUCUAUGGAGAUUUACACUGUUUUUGGCACUUCCUUACUGGCUUGAUUUUUCAGCCUCAGAGGUUGCAGGUCCUGAUUCAGCCAACCCCCAAUCUUUUUUUUAAGCUAGGGGACAUUUUUUGAAAGGUGUCACUGAAAAUCGUAAACAGUUGGUCAGUCUCUCUUUUUCACCAAGAUUAAAAAUGAGUCAAUAACUGUCAUUUCAAUAAGGAGAUAUCAAUUGGAAACAUGUAAAAAGUCAGCAGCGGUCAAAAACUUUGGCAAUUAGACUCUACUUGUGUGAAGCAUCUUCCUUAAACCUGAAGAUAAGAGAUAGAGUAAGGAGAUUGUAAUGAUAUUUAAGGAGCAACGUCCAAGGACAGAUUGGCUUGAGGCACACAAGCAGAGGCUCGAGGAACACAGAUAUGGUGAGGUAGGGUUUUAUGAAUGAAAGGAAUUUUGACAGCACUUUGUAACACAAGAGUCAAUAGUAUUCCAAGAAGUCAAGUUGUUAGUCAUUUUCGCAUGUAGAUUUUAUUUGAACAGCUGAAUGUGAUUAGUGCUAUAGGACAUUAGUCACUUACAGCAUUAAAGUCAUUUGAAUAAACACUCCAGAUGAAAUGAAAUACCAUACAGGGCUGAAUUAGUCUGUGUUGCAAUAGCUAACUCAGCAGGUUUGAUAAGGGAGGUUUGAAGAGUAGUAAACAGUGCAGAGUUACCGGCAGCCCACGCCCACACAGUCCAGCUGCCAUGAUCACUUUUUUGGCUAAAUGUGUUUAUGGUUUAUUAUGUAAUAAAAAUGAAAAAAAUGCAAAACCACUUUCACCACCGCCAAGGACAAACAGAUUAUUCUUAUAUAUAGUCUGGUUCUGCCUUUCCAGUGUCAACAUAUAGAUAUAUAUAUAUGUUUUGAAGUAAUGUUGAAAAAAAUGUUGCAACUCAUGUCUUUUUCAAAAUGAAGAAUAAUCAUCUAGUUUAUAACUGCAGGGUGUAUGUGUGAGCAGCAUGCAGUUGACCCACACAUGGUGACAGAAUUUUUCCAAGUCAGGAAAGGACAAAUUUGUACAUUCAAUUCAAUGAUAUUUUAAAAUUACACCUCUUGUGAAAUUGACUUAGGAAAUAGAAUGUGCUGGAAACGUAAAACACAUUUAAGUAUAUGCAAAGUGUGAAACUCCUGAAUGACGCUGUUGUCAUCUCUGUUUGAAAAGUGAUGGCUCAGAGUCAGACGCACAACUGGCUGCAUGUCUUGACUCAAGAUGUUUGAGGAAUGUCACAACAGUCUGCUGUUGGAUCAUAAAGGAUCAUUAUACACUUGCUGUAUUUAUGAGUUGAUGAAUUUGACUUUUCUCUCUGUAAGCUGUAUAAAAAAAAAACGUGGAAAAAGUUUUGCUCUUUGUUAGUUUUAAUAUGAAAGGUGCUGUUGUUGCUUAGCACUCUGUACUCUGAGUUGGUGCUAUGCAAAUUAACAUUUUCCUACUGAAAGAGAUCAUAUGAUUCAUGUUUAUUUUUAUGUGAAUAGUUUCUAAAAAAAAAAGAAAGAUUAAUGAAAAGAAAAAUACUUGGAUGACAAAACACAAAGCUAUUUCCUUCUGUCUGUGGGGAGUGGAAAUGUGGGGAUAUAUUUUUUGCCUGACAUUACUUCAUAUCCCAG